AUUAAAGGGGGCGGGGAGGCUGAACAGAGGCGGAGGAGGAAUGCCAAGCUCCAUCCAUUGCUGAGAACAGGAGCAUUUGCGCAGAUAGUCUGCGCUGCCUACAACAGACAAACAGCCUUUCAGCCUUUCAGCCUGGUAACCUGGUUUGUGUUUUGUCUCGCUGCCGAGGAGUCCGCCUGCAAGUGUCUGCAAGGAGCAGGGCCGACCAACCGCUGCCUACCGGACUCGUGUCUCAUCAGGGAUUUAACAUGGUGAUCAAAGUGUACAUAGCAACGUCCUCUGGAUCCACUAAGAUUAAAAAGCAGCAGCAGGAUGUGAUCAGCUUCAUGGCAGUCAAUAAGAUUGAAUUUGAGGAGUGUGACAUCGCGGCCAAUGAAGCAAACAGGAAGUGGAUGAGAGAGAAUGUUCCAGAGGAGCUGAGGCCUGCCACAGGGAACCCUCUCCCUCCACAGAUAUUUAAUGAAAGCAAAUAUUGCGGGAGCUAUGAGGCUUUCUUCGAAGCCAGAGAGGACAACGCUGUGUAUGCAUUUCUGGGUCUGACUGCGCCCCCGGGCUCUAAGGUUAAGCUUUUGAACACAAACACAUACAGAUAGCUGCCCUUUCUUUGA